AGAAGAGGCGGCAGCGGCGGCGGCCUGUGCAUUCUGGGUAUUGUAGUCUGGGGCCCGGCCACCGCUGGGGCUGGUUCCACGUGGUGCAUUUGGCGGCAGCUUUGGGCAGUGGCUCCCCUGCUCCCUCCACACGGUCCUCAGGGUGCCAGCGCCAGCAGGGGCGGCCAGCCACCGCGGGAGCAGGCUAGAGGGAGGCCCGGAGGCAGCCCGAGGCUUCGCGACGUUUUUGCGACAGCCGCGGCCGUGUUCCGCGAGUGCCCUCCCUCCUCCUCUCUUUGAGGAGGUACCGGCUGUUGUGCGGCGCUGCCUUUCUGUUUGAGUGUAUGGGAGAGUGAGUGAGUGAGUGUGAGCGUGUGUGUGAGAGCGUGAGGCGUGAGUGCGCGUGUGAGAGGACGAGAGCCCGCCUGGCCGCCCCGCCGCUCCCGCCGCAGCAGGAGCAGAACGCGCGGCCGGAGAGAGCGGCGGAGCCGGCGCCCAGGGAGCCCGCGGGGACAAGGGCAGAGACACCGCUCCCCACCCCCAGCCGUCGUCCCUCGGCUCUCCUUCGCCGGGGGAUCCUCCCCGUUCCUCCACCCCCGGCCGGCCUCUGCCCCGCCGUCCCCCUGGAUGUCCCUGGCGCUUUCGCGGGGCCUCCUCCUGCUCUUGCCGCAUCAGUCGGGCUGGUGGUGCGGCCGGCGGGCGUAGAGCGGGCGGGUUCCCGGGGGCUGCGGCUGCCCCUGCUUCCCCGGUCCCUACCCCUGCCCCCCGGCCCCCCGACCCAGCUCUCCGGCCUUAGAGGCUGUGACAAUGGACUAUGACUUUAAAGUGAAGCUGAGCAGCGAGCGGGAGCGGGUCGAGGACCUGUUUGAAUACGAGGGCUGCAAAGUUGGCCGAGGCACUUAUGGUCACGUCUACAAAGCCAAGAGGAAAGAUGGGAAGGAUGAUAAAGACUAUGCUUUAAAACAAAUAGAAGGAACUGGGAUCUCUAUGUCGGCAUGUAGAGAAAUAGCAUUACUUCGAGAGCUUAAGCAUCCAAACGUCAUUUCUCUUCAAAAGGUGUUUCUGUCUCAUGCUGAUAGGAAGGUGUGGCUUCUGUUUGACUAUGCUGAACAUGACCUCUGGCAUAUAAUCAAGUUUCACAGAGCUUCUAAAGCAAACAAGAAGCCAGUUCAGUUACCUCGGGGAAUGGUGAAGUCACUAUUAUAUCAGAUCCUAGAUGGUAUUCACUACCUGCAUGCUAACUGGGUGUUGCACAGAGAUUUGAAACCUGCUAAUAUUUUAGUUAUGGGUGAAGGUCCUGAGCGAGGAAGAGUAAAAAUUGCUGACAUGGGCUUUGCCCGAUUAUUUAAUUCACCUUUGAAGCCUUUAGCAGAUUUGGAUCCAGUGGUUGUUACAUUCUGGUACCGAGCCCCUGAACUACUUCUUGGAGCAAGGCAUUAUACCAAAGCUAUUGAUAUUUGGGCUAUAGGGUGUAUAUUUGCAGAACUACUAACGUCAGAACCAAUAUUUCACUGUCGACAAGAGGACAUCAAAACUAGUAAUCCUUAUCACCAUGACCAGCUGGACAGAAUAUUCAAUGUAAUGGGAUUUCCUGCAGAUAAAGAUUGGGAAGAUAUAAAAAAGAUGCCUGAACAUUCAACAUUAAUGAAAGAUUUCAGAAGAAAUACGUAUACCAACUGCAGCCUUAUCAAGUAUAUGGAAAAACAUAAAGUUAAACCAGAUAGUAAAGCAUUCCACUUGCUUCAGAAGUUGCUUACCAUGGACCCAAUAAAGCGAAUUACCUCAGAACAGGCUAUGCAGGAUCCCUAUUUCCUAGAAGACCCACUUCCUACAUCAGACGUUUUUGCCGGUUGUCAAAUCCCUUACCCAAAACGAGAAUUUUUAACGGAAGAAGAACCUGAUGACAAAGGAGACAAAAAGAACCAGCAGCAGCAGCAGGGCAAUAACCACACUAAUGGAACUGGCCACCCAGGGAAUCAAGACAGCAGUCACACACAGGGACCCCCGUUGAAGAAAGUGAGAGUUGUUCCUCCUACCACUACCUCAGGUGGACUUAUCAUGACCUCAGACUAUCAGCGUUCCAAUCCACAUGCUGCCUAUCCCAACCCUGGACCAAGCACAUCACAGCCACAGAGCAGCAUGGGAUACUCAGCUACCUCCCAGCAGCCUCCACAGUACUCACAUCAGACACAUCGGUACUGAGCUGCAUCGGAAUCUUGUCCAUGCACUGUUGCGAAUGCUGCAGGGCUGACUGUGCAGCUCUCCGCGGGAACCUGGUAUGGGCCAUGAGAAUGUACUGUACAACCACAUCUUCAAAAUGUCCAGUAGCCAAGUUCCACCACUUUUCACAGAUUGGGGUAGUGGCUUCCAAGUUGUACCUAUUUUGGAGUUAGACUUGAAAAGAAAGUGCUAGCACAGUUUGUGUUGUGGAUUUGCUACUUCCAUAGUUUACUUGACAUGGUUCAGACUGACCAAUGCAUUUUUUUCAGUGACAGUCUGUAGCAGUUGAAGCUGUGAAUGUGCUAGGGGCAAGCAUUUGUCUUUGUAUGUGGUGAAUUUUUUCAGUGUAACAACAUUAUCUGACCAAUAGUACACACACAGACACAAAGUUUAACUGGUACUUGAAACAUACAGUAUAUGUUAAUGAAAUAACCAAGACUCAAAAUGAGAUUAUUUUGGUACACCUUUCUUUUUAGUGUCUUAUCAGUGGGCUGAUUCAUUUUCUACAUUAAUCAGUGUUUUCUGACCAAGAAUAUUGCUUGGAUUUUUUUGAAAGUACAAAAAGCCACAUAGUUUUUCCAGAAAGGUUUCAAAACUCCCAAAGAUUAACUUCCAACUUAUAAGUUUGUUUUUAUUUUCAAUCUAUGACUUGACUGGUAUUAAAGCUGCUAUUUGAUAGUAAUUAAAUAUGUUGUCAUUGAUAUAAACCUGUUUGGUUCAGCAAACAAACUAAAAUGAUUGUCAUAGACAGUGUUUUAUUUUUCCUGUUGGUGUUGCUGAUUUGUGAGCAUGCUUUAAGAUGAAAAAAGCAUGAAUGAUAACUUCCUUAAAAAGGUGCGGCAUCCAAUUCAAAUAUUUUCGUCCUGAUUUUAAAGCUGGUUGGUGUAGUGCUAUUAAAAUUUCGUUCAGUUAAUUUUCCUUUUGAAAACUUGUUCGCACGUUGUUUAGGGUGCCCUUACUUCAGCAAAGGAGAAGGAGUAGGAGAGCCUUAGAAUUUUUGAGGAAAAAAAAACCUAUAACAUACAAUGUACUGUAUCAAACUAUUUUACAUGAAUGACACAAGUAUUCUGAAUAAAAAAUAAUUGAACAUUGUUAAAAACAAGGUGUUAUGUAAUAAAUUUAUUUUUCAUAAAUCAAAA